AUUGCUGGUCAGAAAGGGGGUGAAAGGUUUCAAGAGAUCACAAAAAGAUCAAGUCUUUCUACAGACAGAAGAAUUCGCACACAGGAGAAGCUGUAUUCAUGCCCAAAAUGUGGGAAAUAUUUUGCAUAUAAAUCAGCGCUUGUUCGACAUGAGAGAAGUCACACAGGAGAGAAGCCGUAUUCAUGUUCAGAAUGUGGGAAACGUUUUACAGUUAGACAAACUCUUGUUAAACAUGCGCUACGUCACACAGGAGAGAAGCCGUAUUCAUGUUCAGAAUGUGGGAAACGUUUUAGUGAGAUCUCAACUCUUAUUAGACAUAAGAGAAUUCAUACAGGAGAGAAACCGUAUUCAUGUUCUGAAUGUGGGAAAUGUUUUACACAUAGAUCAAGUCUUGAUGUACACCAGAGAAGUCACAGAGGAUUGAAACCGUAUUCAUGUUCAGAAUGUGGGAAAUGUUUUAGUGAGAUCUCAGGUCUUGUUACACAUGAGAGAAUUCACACAGGAGAGAAACCAUAUUCAUGUUCAGAAUGUGGGAAAUGUUUUAUACAGAAAUCAAGUCUUGUUAAACAUGAGAGAAUUCAUACAGGAGAGAAACCGUAUUCAUGUUCAGAAUGUGGGAAAUGUUUUACACAGAAAUCAAGUCUUCUUACACAUGAGAGAACUCAUAAAGGAAAGAAGCAGUAUGCAUGUUCAGAAUGUGAGCAAUGUUUUACGCAAAAAUCUGAUCUUGUUAGUCAUGAGAGAAAUCAUAGAAGAGUAAGGAUACGAUCACAAUUCCAGAAUUUAGACUUUGAUUUUGAUUCUAAUUAAAGAAUUACAUUAUUCGAUAACAAAUAAAAUAACAAAAAAGAAAUACCCACAGUAACCCCAUGUUGCCCAUUAAGUGGCACUUACUAUUAAUAUGAGGCACAAUGAAGUACAAAUUAAUAAAACCAAGUGCCUCACAUUAAUAGUAACACAAUCAAAUACCUUCUCACAUAAUGGGCAACAGGAUUAAUAUGUGGAGGUACAUGUUGGAAUUAAUUAACAAUUAAUGUGAUGCACAUGGAAGCCCAAAUUGAUAAAACCACAUGCCUCACAUAGUAAGACCAUCAAGUGCGUCCUCACGUAAUGGACAACACGAGAUUAAAAUGGUUGUGCAGCUAUAUAUAGAUGACCUAGCCUCAAUGAUCCUAAUCCAUACACGGCUGGUGCUGGAUAUACAAUGACGGGGAACAGCAAUCGCACCGAAUCCUGUCACUUAACCACUUGUAAUGACCCGGAGUUGGGCCAUUACCACUUUUACACCCAACUACUGUUUCUGAUGGUUAACUUAAUG